UCAUCUUGCACUCAUUCUUGCUCGCAUCUUUGACCUUGGAUGCGAUCAACGUGGGGAGCGUUUCUUUCCCCCUGCUCGACCACCCGUCCUUUGCAUACGCUAUCAAUCACUGUGAGGGACAUUCUCUGCUGGAGCUUGCCAAUCACCUUUGGAUACGCCAGCUGCCAAGGGCUAACCCUUCGUCUGUCCUUCCCUUGUGGCCGCCAAGCUGCAUAGCGCGUGACAGCAACGCAGAAGACCGCCGCAGUCGGAUUCAAGGAAGCGAAUAGACCCCAAAACCCCAGCGACCCCUCUUCUCGCCCGUGGGUGGGUGCCAGCCAUGGCAACCGUAGCGCAAAAUCCACCUCCGGCGCUUCAGCAGCAUAAACAAGCCAGGCCAGUCAGUCCGACGCCGACACCAGCGCUUCCGCUGACAGCUAAGAAACGGACGCGCCCCGUUAGCGCCUGCGAGCCAUGCCGGGCGAAAAAGGUGCGCUGCCUCCUGCCACCCCACUCGAUCAAGUGCGAAAAUUGCAGUGCAACAGGCAAGACAUGUCUCUUCCGCGUCGACGACCUAGCGCCCAAGCUGCGGCAAGAACGCUUCGCCAACCACGGGCCGAGGCAGAUGCCCUCGCUCGGCAGCGCUGCCCAUGGCGCGCAUGUCAGAGCAGUCGACACGGGUAGCGCCCUCGCCGAUGACGACGAUGACGCAGACACCUUCGGCGACCUAGCGAACGCCAACAGCCGCAAGCGCAAAGCGUCCAGCGCUGCAUCGGAUGACCCGCCGCUGCAGCAGCAGCAGAACGCCGACGCCUCGGGGAAAAAGAAGUCCAAGUCCAAGUCGGUGUUUCGCUCGUUUGCCAACCCAACCAACCUAGCAGCGCCAUCGCCCGUACCAGCGGCCGGUCUGCAGCUGCAGCAGACGUUAGCAAACUCGCCAUAUCCUCAGCCACAGUCACAGCCGCAGCCGCAGCAACAGCAUCCACAUCCCCAUCAUCAGAAUCAACUCUCACAACAGCACCAGCACCCACACCAUCUCUCUCACCACCGCGCGGGACACGCGAAUCAGUCAUACCCGCCGCAUUCGCAGGGCCAGGCAUAUUCGCCGCCGUCCAAUGCGCCGCGAUCGAGCUAUCCUGACGCAGCAGCAGCACCAGCGGUGGGCGCUGCAGGCUCGGCAUCGGCUUAUGCGUAUCCGAGUCUCUCGCCGCCAUCGGACCCGCUCCACACGCCGCAUGCGCAGCAAGCAAGUGUCCUUCAACCACACGCGGCGCCGCCGUACCAGACUCCCUUUGUGGGCUAUCCUCCGCCUCUUCAUCACCAGCAGGAGCAGGAUCAGCAGCACCACCUGUCGCCUGUGUAUCAGCACACGCAUGCUGCGCACCAUCCACAGCACUACCACCACGUGCAGCAGCAGCAGCAGCACCUGCACCAUGCGCCUCACCCGCACCAGCAUGCGGGCUAUGCGGGCGUCGCGGACCCCCGGCCACCGUCGAGUGCAGGUGCCGUGUCGCCGACGGCGAUCCAAGGCGCUACAUCGCCGUACGCGCCGCCAGAGGCGCGCCGCACACCCGUGCUGGGAAUCGUAGGCCGCGAACGCACUGCGUCCCUCGCCAGCAGCGGAUCCGGCUCGCAGCAGCAGCAGGCCUUGCCCUCCUUCCGCUCGCAGUUCCCAGAGAUCGAGCAGCGCGGGUACCCCACCGCGCCGACGGCAGCUACUGGUCCGGGAGUUGCAGCGCCAGGUGUCAAUGGAUACGCCCAUGGCGCUGCGGCGGAUAUGGGCCACGCCACAUCGCGUGUGCAAGCGCACGCGCAGCGUGCCGGUCCGCUCCCUCCCCCCCCCAACGCAGGCAUUUCUCCGAGGGCCGCAGCGGCCAUGGCCGCCUUCCACGCGCGCCACACCUCAUCGUCAUCCCCCGCGAUGGCGGCCGGACCCGCAGGAGCGAGCGGCGCCUACGCCGAGUCGUCGCACCCCGCGUGGACCCCAGUCGUACCCGCCGCUACUGUGCCGCACGCACCUGCGCCCGGCGGAGAGGCCGGUCUGAGUGCUGCCGGUGCUGGCGCUGCUGCCAUAAGUCGCUCGCAGCUGUAUGACACCAACCCUAAAGUCGCGGCCGGCAUGCGCUGGAGCUCCUCAGCCCAGCAGCGCAUACGCACCCUCUCGCGCAUGCGCUCCACCAACGGCGCCACCGCCGCGGAUGAGCAAGGGCAGCAGCAGCAAAAAGAUGCCGAGACCUUCUCGCCCGAGUACUACGGCCAUCCCAUCUCCGCUGCUGCUGCCUCUGCCGUGUCUGGAGGCGUGUUCAGCGCCCACCUGCACCAACAGCAGACGAGCCACGUGAGGGACUCGCAGCAUGCGCACGCCAGCGAUGGGCGCAGCGACCACGACGGCUGGCGCGGCGCGCAGAGGAGCAGCCACGAGGGUUCGGCGGCCGACGAGCACGAGGAGCGCAGCAGAGGCAGACAGGGCCGCUCGCACACGAACGGCACCGCUACGAGCGGCAGCGACAGGGACGCGCUUACCGCGCCCGAAGACGCCCCAAUCGGCUCAUCGGCCGUCCAGGCAGAGAUCCUCCACCGCAAGCUGCAGUCCGCAGCCGUGAACGCGGCACGUCCGUCGCUCAAGGGCAAGUCGCUCGCGUUUGCCGGCUCAGCGGCUGGCAGCGAUGCAUGUGAUUCGCCCAGCGGCGUGGCCACCGAGAAGGUCAUGGGCAGCAGUGGCGGCGGCAACGGCUUCAAGAAGAUCGCCCUGCCCUUCUUCCGCUGGUUUGGCGCGACGGCCAACACGCCUGGCUACCGCAGGAUCAAGGUCGGUGUCUUCCACGACCCUGUACUCGAGGUCGAUGCGCCGUCCAUGGGCGCGACGCCAGCCGCGACGACACCCGCGAUCAACGCUGGCUCCGAGGCGCACAGCAACGCCUUUACCCUCGCCGUCUCGGGCACCACACCCGCGAUGGCGACCGGUAGCGCAUGUGCCGGCGCCAGCGCAGCCUCGCUCGGUCGCAUGUACAGCAAGCCGAGGCAGGAGCACGCCGAAGGCAGUCCGCACAAAGACGUUGCGCACUUCGGCGAGGCCUCCCCACGGAUGGGUCCCGGUGGUGGUGCAAGCGGCGGCUCGACGCUGUCGACGUCAACGCGCGAGCUGUUCGAGCCGAGCAGGCCACGUUACCCGCGCAAAGACAUCCUCGCGCACCUCGGCGCCAUCUUCACGUCCCACUUCAAGUCCAACUUCUUCCCCUGGCUCGAGGCGGAUGAGCUCGCGCAAGGCAUACAGAGCGGCAGCUUACCCGCACUCCUUGCCAAUGCCAUCUGCGCCAUGACGGCCAGGUUCUCUCCACGCCCCGAGCUGAAGCGAGGUCAGCUGAAGAGCGCUGGAGAGCCCUUCUCGGACAUGGCCAAGACACUCAUCGUGCCGAUGCUCUCCUGGCCCUCCUUUGAGGUCAUCGAGGCACUCGUCCUGCUCAGCUAUGCGGAAUUCGGAGCCGGGAGCGAUUCGGGACUCUGGAUGUACGCUGGCAUGGCGCUGCGCAUGGCGCAGGAUCUCGGUCUCCAGCAUGAAUCAACCAUUUCCAGCCUUCCGGACGAGAAGCAGGCCACACGCGCUAGGUUGCUGUUCUGGUCUGUCGUCGGCAUCGACCGGAUCAUCUGCUUCGGGACUGGCCGCCCUGUGACAAUCCGCGAGGAUGCGAUCAACUGCGACCUCCCUCCGCUUGACGAGUAUGCAUCCUCAGAAAAAGCCCUAUUUGGCCACAUUGUCCGCAUUCUACUGCGUCGCGGUGCGAUGGGAGAGCUGCUGAAUCGCCGCGAAGACGACAUCUCUGUCGACGAAAAGAAGUCGCGGCUAGGGCAGAUGUGGGUCGAGCUGGCACAGUACUACCAGACCCUGCCAAAUGCGCUGCAAUUCAAUGUGCAAACAUUCAAGCGUGCAGCAGCUGGCAACAUGGGUCCGGCCUUUGUGUACCUGCACGUGCUCUUCCAAAGCACGAUCAGCCUGCUUCACCGACCCGCACUCAUGCGCAAAUUCAGCGCAGAGAUGCCAUGGGUCCUGCCCGAGCCCUCGCUCGCACCGAUCGCCAGCUCGACCUCACGCACGAUCGCGGACGUCCUUUCCCUUGCAGAUGCAUUGGACGAGAAGAGCAUUCUCGCGAAUCCAUAUCUCGAUCAGCUGGUUCUUCCCGCCGGGCGCGCAUUCCUAGGUGAGCGCGAGGCCACGCGAGAGGCGCUCAAGCGUGCGGGGUACACUCCUAGCCAUUCACGACCCCCAUCUCGCAACGGGCCGGUGGAUACGAACACCAACAUCAACAGCACCCGGAACAACCUACUCUUGGUUAACAGGAGCUGGGCUGAGACGAAUUUGGCCACGUGCCAGCAAGUGCUGGACAAGUUGGCUGUCUUUUGGGGUGGUGCGUCUUGGCCUGCGCGGGCACUCGAGCAGGAGUCGGCAGGCGCCACCGAAGACGUCGAUCCGGAUGCGUGUGACGAUGAUGCCCAAAAUGCGCCGAUCCACGACGUGGAGAUGGUGCUCAAGUGGGCGAAAGAGCGUGUGCAACAGGCCAGAGCAAUGACCAAGAGUCCGACCAUGCGCAACAAAGAGCAACUGCCAGAUGAUUCCGCAGCGGCAAAUGCGCUUUUCGCAUCAGGAUUGGGCAACCGCUUCUCAGCGCAAGGCUUCGGCAUCUCAGGCAUCAUGGGUGCGGAAGCGGACCUCGGCAUGGAUGCGCUGCUCAGGGCAUGGGGCAUGCAGACAUCUGGUGCAUCUACGCCCUUCCCUCGACCGGCGAUUAGCUUAGGCCUGCCGCAGAACGGCGGCAACCAUGGUCUACCACCUGUCGACUUUGACACUGUGCAGAUCGAGGAGCUACUCGGCAGCAUGGACAAGGACGACGUGUUCCCUCUCAACCUGCCCCAGGAGGAUUUUGUAACGGCCGCGGCCAGCUCUGCCCUUUUCGGCCCCAUGAUAUUCUGAUCCGGACCCUGUCUUCAUUCGCAAAUAUAUCCCAGUAAUCGCAAUUCUCCGCGCUCCCCUCUCAAUCCACCUACGCGCUCGCCACUAUAAUGAUGUUGCAAAAUUUUGUAUUACAAGUGCAAGGAAUCGUUUCAG